GGACGAGGUUGCUGUGGGCGGGGCCUAGCGAAAUAACCAGCAGGCUCCCUUCCGCUGGGCAGCAUGGGCCACCGCACUCUGGCGGGACUCCCCUCCCUGUGGUCUGCCAUCCCUUGUUCACACUCCGAGCUGCGCUUGGACCUGGUGCUGCCUUCUGGACAGUCUUUCCGGUGGCGCGAGCAAAGCCCUGGUCACUGGAGUGGGGUGCUGGCUGGCCAGGUGUGGACACUCACCCAGACCGAGGAGCAGCUUCACUGCACCGUGUACCGAGGGCACCGGGACCAGGCGGGAAGGCCCACACCAGAGGAGCUGGAGGUAGUGCGCCAGUACUUCCAGCUGGAUGUCAGCCUGGCUCGACUCUAUCGCCACUGGAGCUCCGUGGACCCCCACUUUCAAAAGGUGGCUCAGAAAUUCCAAGGUGUGCGGCUCUUGCGCCUGGACCCAGUGGAGUGUCUCUUCUCCUUCAUCUGCUCCUCAAACAACAACAUCACCCGCAUCACCGGCAUGGUGGAGCGGCUCUGCCAGGCCUUUGGGCCUCAACUCCUCCAGCUCGAUGGCGUCCCCUACCAUGGCUUCCCCAGCCUGCAGGCCCUGGCCGGGCCAGAGGUGGAAGCUCAGCUCAGGAAGAUGGGCCUGGGCUACCGUGCCCGCUACGUGAGCGCCAGUGCCAGAGCCAUCUUGGAAGAGCAGGGCGGGCUGCCCUGGCUGCAGCAGCUGCGCGAAGCCUCCUACGAGGAGGCCCACAAGGCCCUCUGCACCUUGCCGGGGGUGGGCACCAAGGUGGCUGACUGCAUCUGCUUGAUGGCCCUGGACAAGCCCCAGGCGGUGCCCGUGGACGUCCACGUGUGGCAGAUUGCCCAGCGAGACUACCGCUGGCAACCCACCGUGUCUCAGGCCAAGAGUCCGAGCCCCCAGGCUAACAAGGAGCUGGGAAACUUUUUCCGGAGCCUGUGGGGACCAUACGCUGGCUGGGCCCAAGCGGUGCUGUUCAGUGCUGACCUGCGCCAGGCCCACCGAGCCCCCCAGCCCCCAGCAAAGCGCAGACGGCGGUCCAAGGGGGCGGAAGGCUAAGUGGGGACACCGAACACCUCUCUCCCCCAGGGCCCCCACCCAGUGCCUGUUGGAAAGGGAGCGGAAGGCAGCUACCUCGGGGUGUGGCCCCCUUCAGUCAAGCCAUUUGCACAGUGAGACGGGUGGGAGCAGACUCCCGUGGUUUUUAUCCU